AUGCCUACAAAUAUAUCUACACCCGUCAUUAAAAUUGCAAAUGAGGGUGGGCCGCGUUAUCUGCUCCGAGCCAAGAGCGCCCAGGUUGGCCGUCGCGCAGUGUCGCGCGCCGUCGCGCGCCGUCGCCGCGAACAAUUUGCAUACCAGUCUACCCCAACGUCGACCAACGGCUCGGGAGUUCUUCUGCCGUGGCUAUCGCUGCUUCGGUCGGUACCUAUGACUGUCGGAGUCUCCUGGUGGCUCAUUUAUCAUAGAAGGCUACGCCAUCACCACUGCGCGAACGGUGCGGUGGGACAAUGGGUAAAGCGUGAACGCACCGCUGAAGGAAGGCAAGAAAUUCUUGGUCAGGACUAUCUUCUUAUGCCGACCAAGCUUUCUUCGUGUGAGCCUUCAGCUCGACUCCUCGAUAGGGUUGAAAUGUUGGGGCGCUUGAGUUUGGGCGACGGCAUAUGGAGCGGGACUUCGUGGAUGAGCAUAUAG